GACACUCUAUACCAUCCACAUUUCCAUCACCCAUUGUAUUUUAGCAUAUGCACAUCAUUGUUUAUCUGUAGAUAGUGUACAGAGACUCAGCUGCUUAAAUGAGAGUCGUGGCUGAUGAAAAAUAAGAAAAGGCUCAGUAAUAAUAUAUGUGAAUUUCAGUCCAUGACCACCUGCCUGCGUCAUGGAGACGGGAGGAAACCCUUAAAUGUUUAAUAAACUUGUUCUUUGUCUUCCUUUUGUAAGGGAUGCUAUUAAUAACUAAACUGGUAGGACCAUAUCGUUUCCGUUACUAUAGCAUCGCCUAGUGUAGCGUCUCUCCCCUAUCAGGAGGAUCAUUAUCACUUCUCAGAAUCCUGGAACUUUGCCUGGACACCAUAGAUUACAAGUGGAUUUUCUUCCUUUAUGUCUCUCCCCAGCAUCAUGUAUGGCUUUGUUUGAUCCUUGAAGUUUCCCAAAGUCUGUUCCAUAUUUUAGCUUCCUCAAACACUACUGAUCACUGCUCCUUAUGGAAAGGAGGUUGAAUGACUUUGCCUCUAUGCUAUGCAGCUGUCAGCUCCCCCUCCAGAUAGAAGAUCAUUCAUGUGAGCUCCGUAACACCUUGGAUAAUUAUACUUGUCAAACACCAGUUCAACAUCUGAUUUAGUUUCUGCGAAGAAUACUCCAUUUUUUAUUUUAUGAGGGGAACUAAACAUAUAUUUGUCAAAGGUAUUAACCCUUACAGAGAUGUGAUGUUGAUGGUUAAGCAGAUCUAGUCUUACGUAAAACAUAAGCGUGAAGAUGAGAUGUUUACAGUAAAGUUGUGAAGAUAAAUCCGUCUUGUACAAUGCCGUUUCAAGCACUCAAUUCAUUCAAAGAGAAGAUCUUCAAUCCAGGAAAAGAAGAGGCAAAGCACACCAUAGGGGACUCCCUGGGUCACCUCCAAAGGAAAAUUGAUGGACAAAAUGUCGAGGAGGACAACAUAGAACUGAAUGAAGAUGGACAACCAAAACACGUCCCCACUCAUACACCACCUAGGUUUGACUGCUACUGCUGUGGACUGCCCAAACGUUACAUCAUUGCCAUUAUGAGUGGGCUGGGAUUUUGUAUUUCCUUUGGAAUAAGGUGUAACCUUGGUGUGGCCAUUGUGGAAAUGGUGAACAACAACACUGUUUAUGUUAAUGGAAAACCAGAGAUUCAAUUAGCCCAAUUUAACUGGGAUCCAGAAACUGUUGGCUUGAUCCAUGGUUCAUUUUUUUGGGGAUAUAUUGUGACCCAGAUACCAGGAGGAUUCAUUGCAAACAAGCUUGCUGCCAAUAGGGUAUUUGGUGCUGCUAUUUUUUUAACCUCUGUCCUAAAUAUGUUGAUACCAUCAGCAGCAAAUGUACAUUAUGGAUGUGUCAUAUCUGUCCGUGUUGUACAAGGCCUUGUUGAGGGUGUUACAUAUCCAGCAUGCCAUGGGCUGUGGAGUAAAUGGGCACCUCCCUUGGAGAGAAGCAGACUAGCAACCACUUCGUUUUGUGGGUCCUAUGCUGGGGCAGUAAUUGCAAUGCCAUUAGCAGGGAUACUCGUACAAUACAUUGGUUGGUCUUCUGUCUUUUACAUUUAUGGAAUAUUUGGAAUGAUUUGGUACAUAUUCUGGUUGCUUCAUGCCACAGAGAGCCCAGCUGCACAUCCUUCUAUUACUGCUGAAGAAAGAUCAUACAUCGAGACCAGCAUAGGAGAAGGCAGUACUUUUGUUACAACUGGUAAAUUUAAGACGCCUUGGAAGAAGUUCUUUACCUCAAUGCCAGUCUAUGCGAUCAUUGUUGCAAAUUUCUGUCGAAGCUGGACGUUUUAUCUACUGUUGAUCAGCCAACCUGCUUACUUUGAAGAAGUAUUUGGCUUUCCAAUAAGUAAGGUUGGUCUACUCUCUGCAGUUCCACACAUGGUAAUGACAAUUAUUGUACCCAUUGGAGGACAGUUGGCAGAUUUGUUAAGAAGCAGGCAGAUACUGAGCACGACAACUGUAAGGAAGAUCAUGAACUGUGGAGGGUUUGGAAUGGAGGCCACUCUUCUGCUAGUGGUUGGCUACUCUCACACCAAGGCCAUUUCAAUUUCCUUUCUCAUUCUUGCUGUAGGAUUCAGUGGUUUUGCUAUAUCAGGUUUUAAUGUUAACCAUUUAGACAUCGCACCAAGAUAUGCCAGCAUUCUCAUGGGAAUAUCUAACGGUGUUGGAACGUUAUCUGGAAUGGUAUGCCCACUUAUUGUUGGUGCUAUGACAAAGCAUAAGAGUCGUGAAGAAUGGCAAAAUGUGUUUCUGAUAGCUGCCAUAGUCCACUACAGUGGUGUUAUAUUCUAUGGCAUUUUUGCUUCAGGAGAUAAGCAGGACUGGGCAGAUCCGGAAAGUCUUAGCGAGGAUAAAUGUGGCAUUAUAGACAAUGAUGAACUAGCAGAAGAAACUGAACUGAAUAAUGAAUCCUUCACCAGUCCAAGUAAAAAGACCACCUAUGGUGCUACUAUACAUAGCAAUGACGUGCGCAAGGCUGGCUGGAGGAAACAAAAAGGCAUGACCCAGGACUUUGAUGAACAGGCAUCUUACCACUAUGAAAAUGGACAUUUUCAGGACUCCUAAUUCUGCAAGAACAUUGUUUAUGUUUAAGUAAAGUAUUGUUAACAAGACCUCCAUUAAGUAUUACUAUGACACUAGUUUGAUUGGUUGAUCGUUUCUAAAUGUUAUUGAGGUGGAGAAUGUUGCCCAGUUUACCCAAUGAACAUAUUGAUGAUUUCCUAUACCAUCCCAUGGUAUAGUGCACUUUGGUAGUAGUCUGACUUUUCAUGCUAUGCAACAUUAUUCUGCAUGACUGUGACAAUAGUUACCAUAUCUCUUUUUAAAUAUUUUUAUGUUUAGGAAUGCCCCCCUCUUUAAAAUCUUACAUUUUCACCCAAAUUUGGCAUUUAGCCCCCAGCUUCAAGAUGUGUGGAUGUUUUCAUUUAAUAUUUAAAGACACGGUACAUCAACAACUCAGCUUACAUUUUGAUAAUUAUAGAGUAAUGUCUAUAUAAAUGAAGGAGCCUAUGUGUCCUCAUAUAUUAAGAACAACUUUGUUUCUUCAUAUCUCAGAUUCCUAUUUUUGUAUUUAUCAUAAAAUAGGUAUUACUUAAGGCAA